AUGGACACCCAGGUCGAACCAGUCAAUGAUGGAACGGCGAAAGAAGGCACCGAGGCCGUCGAGGGCGUCGAGGGCGUCGAAGGUGUUAAUAAGGACGAUAUCUCAAAAGACCAUGGCCCAUCACCACCCAAAGACAGCAACUCGGCGCCCCGAUUCCCGAUCCCCAAGAGGACCAUGGGCGCCGUCGAAAUUCCCAUGAUUGUCAUGAACCUGGAUCGCACAGAAAAGGCUUUUGGCAACGUCUCGUCUUUCCAAAAUAUCCUCGACAGUGAGCGCAACACAAUCCCAUUCUAUCUCAACCCAGAGAGCCCUUUCCGCAGACCCAUCAUGUCUCACAGCGCUACGAGCCACAAUGUGGUCUUGAAGGUCAUGGUCCCGAAGCGGACCGGCAGGAAAAGGAAGAGAGGGUCGGAUGGGCCGUGGGAAGGUGAAGUCGACAUGCGCGAUGUGCCCAGGGCCAGCCCAGGAGCCGAGCCCAUUUACUCCAGGUCGAGGCUGGACAAUCCAAAGCUUCUGCGGCGGAAAAUGCGAGACAACGUUGACAGGUACAGCGUGGAAGCCGUCGGCGUCAUCAAGCACACCCACCGCUUCAGAGGCAUGGCGGAUUUCCACUGGGGCCUCGAGCAGUCUCCCUUCAUUUCGAGGUUCAUGAACCAGGUCAUGCCUGGCGAUAUCACCAAGAUGAGGGACUUCAAGUUCAUUGACGGCGUCGACAAGGGGCCCAACGUCGACAUUGUGCCGCCGCCCGUGUGGACGCCAAUGACGCUUCCCUUCAUCUACAACUACUCCCAAAACCCCUAUGUCCGCACUGAGCUCGACCAGACAGGCCAGGCGCAGCUCAUCAACACCCAGCUGCCGACUCUCAUCGGCUACUUCCUCAAAGCAGACCAGUAUCCCAUUCCGGCAGGCCCGCAAACACCGUACGACGGCUCUGACGAGGAGGUCACGUACUGCAUAGCCCGCAUGCUGGAGGCGAUGGAGGAGCGGCCCAUUUGGACGCGCCGGUCCCUAAUGAACAAACUCGGGUCCGUUGUCCGCAACGCCAACGUCAUGAAGCGCUGCGUCGGCUACGUCGGCUACCAGUUCCGUGGCGGGCCCUGGCGCGAUGCCAUCAUCAAGUAUGGCGUCGACCCGCGCACCGAUCCCUCCUUCAGGACGUACCAGACGAUGAUCUUCAACAUGCGCAAGCUCCAGGCUGGGCACAUUGGUGAGACAUGGCAUGCUAUCCGCAGCCUGCGCACAGAGCAGCGCCAGCCCCAGGGCGACAACCACGAGUCCCACGUCUUUGACGGCAAGUCGUACUGGACCGACGGCAAGGUUUGGCAGAUUUGCGACAUAACGGAUCCCCUGAUUGCAAACAUCUUUGCAACGGCACCGCAGCGUCCCGAGGUGGACAUCUACAAUAGUGGCUGGUACCACCAGGGCACGUGGGCCAAGGUCAAGGGCAUCAUGAAGACCAAGAUGAUUGCGAUCCAGUUUGGGCGCAAGCUCACGGACGACGACUUUGCCGGCAUCUACGAUGUGCGCGACACGACGCCGCCGCCGGGCUCCUCGAGCGUUCACGUGCCGCUGCCGGAUCUCGAGCUCACCGACGCCGAGAAGCGUGUGCUGUACGGCCGCCGGUUCAAGGAACCCAAGAAGAAGCGCAAGGGCACCGCGUACCGCGUCACUAAGUCUAACGGGCCGCGGGGCGUUGCUGCCGCCGCCGCCGCGGGGCGCAAGGCUGCUCGUAAAGAGGACUCUGGUGCCGAAGACACUGACGAGGACGAAAGCGAGGACGACGUUGACUACCUCAAUGAUGACGAUUACGAGCCCAAGAGGCGGGUUUUUGCACCCGUGCCUGGUCUUGAUGAGGGCAUGGAGGAGGAGGAAGAGGAAGAAGAGGGGCUAGAGGAGGAGUACGGCGAUGAGGAUGAUGGAGACGGCUACGGGUACGAUGACGAUGAGGGAUAUAUUGAGUACGAUGAGCGUCUUAUGGAAGAGACCGUUUUUCCCGAGCGGCGUGGCGUUCGCUUCGCAGACGAUCAGGGAGGUGAGACGGACGUGGAUGCGGCGUAUCCCUCGGAAGUCCUGCCUUGA